AUGUCCGUGGGUCUCCUGAUAGAAGAGUCAUUUCCGUCAAAAUUUUACGUGGAUUUGUUGAAAACAGAGAAUGAAAAUCGGAAAUUAAUCGUCAUUUCUUUAGAUGAUUCACUCGAAAGUUCUACUUCAGAUGGGACGCACGACGAACAAAGAAUCUCGAAGGUCGAAAAAAAGAACGCCAAAUCGAAGCAGGGCCGACAGACGGUUAAUAAAAAAAGUCCCUCUCCAACCAGGAGUGGAAUCGCCCUACAAACCGGAAACAAAGAAUUAUCCGACAUCUAUCGACAAUAUAGUCGGGACGAUAAUAAAAACGAGAGUCUUGAUUACGUCAUUCCUUUGAAUGAUGUAGCGCAGUUUAUUAAAUCAAAAUUGUUUGAGAUUAAGAAUGGAACCGUUUCUGAAUUUAAAAAAGAGACACCGGAAGUCCCUAAAAGUCCCAAAAACCGGAAAAAGACUGUGGCAAAAUCAAAGAGUCAAAUUGGCAAAAAAAGUAGAAUGGAGAUAGAGCAGGAAACAGUUGCCGUUGAUACCAAAGAUCAAGAAGAUAAAUCUAAAAAUAAUAAAAGCAACAUUUUCAGUGAUGCACCGGAUAAAUUCGUAAUAAUAACCGGAAUGAAAAAUCCCCACGUUGUCCAACACUUAUGUGACCAUGGAAUUCCCGUUACUUCCAUUUUGAAGGUCAAAGUUGAAGGUCAACGAGGGCGUAAUUACGCUGAGUCUUCAUUCACGAAAGGGAAAGAUGGAGUUAAUUUCGACGAAUACAAGAAGACAUUUAAUGAAAUGUGCGAUCGAUUUUGGCUUGAUGUUCCACUGCUAUUGAGAAAAGGUUCCAAAGGAGUUAGAGAUGGUAAUGGUAAUGAUGGAGUUGGUGGUGGUGAUAAUGAUGUCUUUGAUGUCGAGUCGCAAACGAAACUAAGAACCAACCUGGAAAUCCCCAUUUGGAAUUUCCUGCAACAAAUCGUCAUCAUUAGAAGACAUCACAAGUUUUACACGGACGCCCUGGGGAUCGUUCACCUCCCAAGCUGCCUGCCGACCAAAGAUGAUGUCAUACAGCUGAUGAGACAGCAGCAGCAGCUUCAGCAGCAGCAACAGCAGCAGAAAGAUAAAAAUGAAAAAAGAUCGAAAUCGCCGACUCAAAAACAACGGCAAUCAACUAGCUCAACAAAGUCAACAACAUUAUCGGAGCAGCAGCAGCAGCAACAGCAGCAGCAACAGCAGCAGCUUCAGCAGCAGCAGCAAGGAACGUCAUCAUCAUUAUCAUCACUACCUAACGAUCUGCAGUACAUUGAUAUGUCCCUCUACAAUGAGAUGAUGGACACCAUUCCGACUGAGAAGUGCAGCAUUGGAUUAAUCCUUUACUGCAUGGUUGAACAGGUCUCCAGAUGGGACGAACUAAUAAAGGAAAUGCAAGAAAUUGAAAAAGCAAAAGAAGCAGCUCCAGCAGCUGCAGACCUAGUCGCUACGACAGCAGCCGCAGUUACGACAACAGCUGCUACGGCUGGUGCUAAUCCUGGUAAUGUUGCCGGUAACGACGGUGAUGAUAAUGAUAGCGCUGGUAAGAAGAAAGGGAGAAAAAACAAAAACAAAAAUAACAUUGGCGAUAAAACCAAUAAUAAUAGUAAUAAUAAUAAUAAUAAUAAUAACAUUAACAACAAUAACAACAAAAAUAUUGACAUUAAUAAUGUGGACGACAAUAGAAAAAGUGGUCUCAGCAAUUUUGAUGAUGAAAAUCCGCGGGUCAACUCAGCAGACGCCGACGGUAACAACAACCCCAACGAUGGUGACGUUGGUGACGAUGCUGCCAAUGGAGAUGCUGGUGGUAAUGAUGGAGAAAAUGGCGGGAGAAAAAUGGCGCCAAAAUCAAAUUACGGCGCGAAAAGUAAUGACGCAAUCGAUGACGUGGAUAUAUGCGAUGACGUCACGGAGGGCGCUGAUGAGGCAAGCAAGAUGGCCGUCAAAUACCUGGGAUCGGUGAUGCUGCAACUGGCUCUGACGGAUGAAGAGAAAGGACAAAAGUGUCCGCCAUCUUGGUUUGACCCAGUUCAAGCGGAGCUGCACAUGAUCACGUGCACCAGGGCCGCAGAUCUUUUAAGGUCAAGACCCAAUGAAAAUAACAACGCAGCCAAUCACAGCGGCCCAUUUCAAUUAGCAACGCCCACGUGUAUGUUAUCAACCAAUAGCGAGGCUGAAGAAGCGGGGCUUGUGUGCCAAUCACUUUAUAAGAAAUUAAUGUGCCGGCAAGUGAGGUCUCUAGAUGACUGGUCGUACGCCGAGGCUCUUGAUAACUUCAGUCUCAUCCAGAGAUUGCAGAGCGUCCUCGAGACGCAUCCAAUCGUAGACGCCUACCUCAGACAGACUGACCUCUCGACGUUGCUCAUCCUGCACAAUGCCAAACAUCAACAUUCAAGGUCAAGGUCGCGUCGCUGGUCUGGUCUCGCCAUGUCUGACUGCGGAGUUAGAAACUUCUACAACUUGGUUCGUCCGGUCAUUUCAUCAUGGCUGACAGCACAGGAGGCCAGCUAUCAAUCUCUGAAACUGCAAACAGAAGUCGACCACAUGUACUCUGAGGUCGCCAAAGCUAAUGACGCCAUGACCAGAUGUCAGUUUCCGCAACUUGGUGACAGCUUUUACAUCCGGGCUAAUUCAAUGAAGGCACAGCUUCUGAAAGAUGAGGAAGAAAAGGAGGGGAUGGCAAUAGCAAGAAAGAAGACGAUGAUGACCGGAAAUGAAGACGACGACGACGACGGUGGUGGUGGCGGGGAUGGUGGUAAGAAGAGAGAGAAGAAGAUAGUAAAAAAAAAAUCUGAGCGUUCACCCACGACCACAAGAAGCAAAAGUCGUAACGUCAACGACCACAGCAACGACGACGACGACGACAAUGAGGCCUCCGAUAGGGAGAACAAAAAGAAAGGAAAAAAGGGAGGAGCAAAAAAGAAAGUGAACGACGCUGGGGAUGGUGAGGAGGGCGGUGGUGGUAGUGGUGGGAAGAAGGAAAAGGAGACCAAGAUAGUCACUGAGUUGCCAAAAAUUUGUUACUACUUAGGGUAUGAUAUGUCGGACGAGUUGAUUGGGGUGAGUGGCCUCUCCAGCAACCUCAUGACGAAAGAUGGAGGCAAUCUGGAGGUCGAAAGAAUUCACAUGGUGAAUGACAGACUGCUGUUAAGAGCUUCCCUACUUAAGGACGGCCACCAGUUCACAGUCCACAUCACCAAUCCACACUUCAGCGAUGACGCUGGCGGUUAUGGUAAUGAUGCUAACGUCUGCGGUGGAGGUGAUGAUGAUGAUGUUGGAAAUUUUGACGCCGGCGGUAAUGAUCCUUGUUCUCGCGGUGAUGAUGAUGAUGAUGAUGGAGAAGGAGGAGGUGAUGAUUAUGAUGACGAUGAUGAUCACUGUGGAAUUGUUAAUAAUAGCAACAAAAAAGGCAAAGCCAAGCAAACAAAGUCAACAUCAUCACUUAACUCAAACUCAUCGAAAAAAAAUAAAAAAAACGCGCCCACCGAAUCCGCGGAAGUCCCUGAAGCCACCCCCUCCAAAAAACCUUACAACCCCCCUAAGAUGCAUCGAGCUGUUGGAGAGUUUUCGUCGUUUGUUGGGUACUUUUCUGGCGGCGUUCGUGUCUCAUUUAGUGUCUUUGGUAGCAAUGGAAAACCAGAAAACGGCACCCCCUACGAUCCGCCCUUAUACGAACCACCAAUAAAAAUCGAACAGUCAACGAACGCUGGAGGUGUGAGUGGAGGUGGUAAUAGACAUUCGUCAAGAAAAACUCAACCCUCGAAAGCCAGCCAAGCUAAGCAGGGGUAUAUUACAAGCGAUGGUGAUGUUGUGAUUAUGAUGAAAGAUGGAUCGGCAAAGGUUCUAUUCGCCGAUGGUACGGUAAAAGUAUUAUGCCAAAUGGCUGCCAGCGAGUCGACACAAAAUGAUGACGACCUCGAUAUUGAAACAACUGCAGAUUUUAAAAAACCAACAAACCAUUUCGAAGGGGAAAAAACCCCUCAACAAAAAUCUAAAAACGCCCCCCUAAAAAGUAAAGGAACUGCCGCCAAUACUCCAGAAAAAGUGCAGCCUUUAAAACCUAAAAUUUUGUGGGUCUGGGUGACUAUCAGGCCCGAUGGACAGAAAUAUAUGCAAGGUUUAAAAGAUGGUGUCAUUAAGAAAGUGACCACCCGGGAAGACAACGUAGUGAUAGUUAAGAAACCGAACGGCCUGUUGGUCGUAGAGCACGAAGACUGCACGAGGAUAUCCUCCAUGCAAGUUAUCCCGCACUAUGCCACGUGCGAUAAAUUCGACAAAUCCGUCACCACCCACUUCACGGUCGACCACCCCAAACUACCCCGGAUCGAUUUCGACGGAUACAAGAUGGACGUCUAUUUUAAGCGCGAAAAGACCCACGUGAUUGGCUAUCCCGAAGGAUCGUACGUCGUCUGCCCGGAAAAUUCCGGACAACUUGCCGUCAGUUCGUGCGGUGUGGCCGUUUAUUUAGGCGCCACCAGACGGGCCAGUAGCGAUCAGGAUUGUAGUUGUUUCGGGAGUUUUGGUGUCAAAAAUGGCGGGAAAACACCGGAAAUUGGGAAGUUUGUUGUUAGUAACACGGCAGCGAUGGGGAAUUUCGCUGCUGAAUAUGAAAGUGAAUGUUAUGGUAAAACUGGCGGUGCUUGUGAGAAUUAUAACAAUGUUAAUAAUAAUGAUCGUGAUGGGGCAGGCUGUUAUUUCUGCGGCCUGGAUCAUUGCGAUUUUAACGGUGUGGAUUAUGUAAAUGUAUCCCAACUUGAGAGAAGAAGCAGCGGCCACUACGACGAUGAUGAUGAUAACGACGAUGGGGUUGGUGUUGAUAAUGAUUCCGAUUAUGAUAACAGUGGUAAUUAUGUCUGCGAUGAACUAAAACAACAACAACAGCAACAGCAGCAGCAACAACAACAGCGACAACAACAACAUGAGAAACAGCAAGCAUACAUGAAACGGCAAUUGAAAAACGACUUCGAAACUCAUCUAAGACACGUGAUAACUCAAGAUAGAGGCGUUUAUUUUCUGAAACAUGACGGUGACGUAAUUAUUGAAACCAGGGAUGUGACGGGCCGGAAGUACUUGAUAAUGAAAAACGGCGACUACCAUGUUAAUUUCGAAGGAUGCCUGGCAGAGUAUUUAGUAACAAACGUGGACGAAGAUGAUUAUAGAAUCUUCUCCCUAUCAAAUGACAGCAGCAGCACAACAGGGCUCGAACUUCUCAGGUCCGAAACUGUCCAAAACCUCCUCGAAGAGUCCCAGCGAAAUCCGGACUUUCACGUUUUGAAUGAAACUCUGUAUCCCAAUAGCCAAUCGUCGGCAAUCACUAUCACGAGAAGAUUAUUCGUAAAAAAUAAAGCGAUCAAGAAGAGUAACAAAAAACAAUUCACAUGCUCCUAUCCGGACGAUAUUACUCCCAUGGGAUUGCUCUCAAGAAAUUUUAAAAAUUUUCCCGCCAAGGAGGAAAAAAGAAAUGGGCCGAAGAUGGAGCGAACCGGCGGUAAAGGAUUGGACGUAAAAUCAUGGACAGGUUGUGAUUUCGGCUUCGGGGAUCCGGAAGAUGAGUGCAAUAAGGCGGAUGGCUUGGAGGUUGUUGAGGUUAGAAAGAUAUUUGGAUAUCCCAAGCUAGAUAAGGAGAUGAGAAUGAAACUUAUGGAAGCCAUCAAAAGAUACAGCGACGACGUAAUGCUGAAAACUAAAGAUCAAAAAAGCAAAGAAAUCAUAGAUAACAGAACAGACGAAGAAAUAAAAAUGGCCGACAAUCUUAGAGUUAGGAUGAUGCAAAAGUUUAAAAGUGAGCCCGUCCAAGAAAUAGUGUUAGGAUGUAAUUGUUUCGAUGAGAAUUUCACCACCAAUAUAAAAGAAGACGAAGUUGCUGAAGAUGAUAUCGAGAAAACCGUCGAACCGAUUACGAAUAUCGAAUACGAUGACAACACUAAUACCGAGAACAUUGAGGUGGAAUCAUUCCGAUUUAACAGCAGCGUAAGAAAUGUCUUAGAUGACUGCUCCGAUAGAACCAUCAAACAGAGACCACUAACGAACUUUCAAACCAGUCAACCAAUUUUCAAUUUUUCAGACGAAAUCCCAACGAAUAUUCCUAAUAAAGAACCGGUUCUACUCGUUAAUGUCGCCAGACAAGGAGCGAUAAAAAUAACGGAAAUUGGUUUUAAAAACGCUAUUGAUAUUUUAGAGUCCAACUCUAUUAAUAAACUCUGUUUUCCGGCUGUUACUAAUAUCACCGCUCCUUCUUACGAUGACGCAAUUGCUGGAACUGAAGUUGAAUUUAAUGAAAGGCCGGGAGUUUAUGGGAGGAUCAGUUUAUACAGUUUAUGGGAGGAUCAAAAACAACAACAGCAGCAACAACAACCACAUCAACGACAGCAACUAACCGAUAAACUAGUUCUACUUACUGACCAAAUAAAUUUCGGCCUCAUCAAAGAAGGAAACACGUACGGAGCAGUGAUGUACCUGAAAAAUUUCAACUUGGAGUCGAAAAAGUUUCGAGUUAAGCAACCGCCGCCCAGCACCGGUAUACGAGCCGUUUACGACCUCGUAUUUGUAUCUCCCGGGUUGAGGUACGGAAUUCAGGUGGAGGUAUACGCUAUGGCUGCCGGAUUGGGAGGUACGGAAGGAAAUGACCGAACGUGGAGGACUGUGAAUAUUUGCAGGAUGCCUGCUCAGCUGACCAAUCAUUGGUCAGAAGUCCAGGGGUUAAACUAUAAUCCGACGGGGCAGUUUUUCGGUCAAAUCAUGCGAAAGGAAAAAAUGGAAAAUCUAACAACUCCUGGAAAGAUUGCAAGAAAAAGAGAUCGCGGUCAACAAUGA